UCUGGCGAGAAUUAAUUGUCCCCGGGAACUGCGCUCGCUCGCUGCCUCAACCGCUGCUUCAUUUCUUCCUCUCUCCCUCCACGCCGCCCAUGUAAAGUAUUGAUUUCAUUUUUUCUUUUCGUUUCACUAAUUUGCAAACGUACUAUUUGCCAACCUUCCACAUGGAGAGGGCGGAUUUGCCGAGGCAGCCGAAGUGAAAGUGCAAGUGUGUCGCUGGAAAUAUGACUGCUGUUCCCACUCACUGAGGGAUUUAUUGUCUGUUGCCAUGACAACCAACCAUCAUACUCGCCUGCCUGAUGUCCUUCCAGACUGCACUAGCUUGGUUCCUUUAGUGAAAUCAGUGGAAGAUUCGGCUGGUGUGGUGAAUGGACAACCACAGUAUGUGAUGCAAGUUUCAGCAAAGGAUAGGUUGCUGCUCUCUACGACGGUGGUCAAGACGCUGAACACACACAGCACAUUCAAUGACUGGCCUAUGUGUAGGAUUUGUCAUGAAGGCAGCAAUCAGGAAGACUUGCUCUCCCCUUGUGAAUGUACAGGGACUUUGGGAACUAUUCAUAGGAGCUGCUUGGAACGCUGGCUUUCUUCUUCAAACACCAGUUACUGUGAACUCUGUCACUUCAAGUUCUCAGUGGAACGGAAACCGAGACCAUUAGUAGAGUGGUUGAGAAAUCCAGGCACACAACACGAGAAGCGGACAUUGUUUGGUGACAUGGUGUGCUUUCUGUUUAUAACUCCUCUGGCCACAAUCUCGGGGUGGUUGUGUUUACGAGGUGCAGUUGACCAUCUACAUUUCAGCAGCCGCUUAGAAGCUAUUGGACUCAUUGCCUUAACUGUUGCACUUUUUACUAUUUAUCUCUUUUGGACUCUUGUUUCAUUCCGUUACCACUGUCGAUUGUACAAUGAGUGGCGUCGAACCAAUCAAAGAGUAAUAUUGCUUAUUCCCAAAUCAUCGGAUGCAUCAUCUACUCAUCAACUGCUUCUUGGUCUACAUUCAUUGAAAAAAAACUCAGAAGAGACAAUAGUGUAAUCUGUCAAUUUUACAAUUCUGUAUUUAAAAUUCUGAUCUUUAACCAAAGAUACAUUUGGUAACCUUUCUUCAGGAUAUAGCCUGAUUUCACAA